AUGGAGAUUGGUGUACGAGCUCCCGUUCAGAACUCGCUUCGAAGUCGUGAGCCCCUGCGCGGUCCGAAGAGGGUUGCACGGAGCUCUUUGGGCAGGCCGUUUGGAAGGGAAGUAUGCGAAGUAUGCAGAGUCUCCUCGUGGUUCCUGCCAAUGGCCUUCGGCUAUUGCGGUUACAGGCAGAGGCACAGAGCUGGGAAAGUUUCUUUAGAGGCACUUGCCAUGAAGAAGAGAAGUCUGGUCACGAGGGGCGAAAUACUUCCUGCGCAGCCGGUGCCAGAUGGCAUCGUAGCACCUCCUUAUGUUGCUGAUCCAGACCAAGUACGUGGCUGGUGGAACUCACGAAUUGAACCAAAAACGGACGAAGACGUUGCGGCAAUGAGGUCUGCUGGAGAGCUGGCACGUGCGGCCUUGGACUUGGCAGCUGGUCUGAUUCGGCCAGGCAUCACUACUGAGCAGAUGGACAAGGAACUGCACACCUUUAUUUGUGACCAUGGAGCUUACCCGAGCGAUCUCCAGUACAAAGGCUUCCCGAAGAGUGUCAUGAUCAGCAUCAACGAAGUGAUUUGUCAUGGCAUUCCCGACUGCCGCCCGCUGGAAGAUGGUGAUCUGGUAAAUGUGGACGUGACGCUGUACAGACAUGGCUUCCAUGCAGACACUGCGCGCACAUGGAUGUGUGGUGAGGCAGAUCCGGCAGGCGCGCGCCUUGUGGCGUCCACGCGCGAGGCGCUGGAUGCCGCUGUGGCCGUUUGCAGUCCUGGAGCGCCAUUGAAAGCCAUCGGCGAUGCAGUAGCAAACGUAGCUGAACGCGAAGGCUUCGGCAUCGUCAAGACCCUGGUUGGCCAUGGAAUCGGAGAGUUCUUUCAUGGAGUUCCACAGAUCUUCCACUGCCGCAACAGCGACAAUCGAAAGAUGCAGGAAGGCACCACCUUCACCAUCGAACCGGUUCUGACAGAAGGCGAACCAGAGUGGUUUACGUGGGAAGACGGAUGGACCGUUGCCACAACGGACGGCGGCCGCGCAGCCCAGUUUGAGCAUACAAUCCUAAUCACAGCCGAAGGCUGCGAGGUUCUUACGUGA